ACUAAAUUUAUUACUAUUCACUGUUAUCGCUAAUAGUCAUCUAGUUAGCUCCAAUAAAAAAAUGCGCUCUCUAGCGGGUUCUGUGGGCCCGAGCCCCCGAUGCGCAGCGCCAGCGUCGCACGCUCGGCGCACUGCUGUCCUAAUGACGGCCUCUUCAGCGCCUACUGUUGCGCCUACUGUAAAGCUGACCAUCAACACGAAGGAGGGUCCGACAGUGGAAUUGGACGUGGAGAGCGGGGACAAGCUUCGCGACGUGCUGAUGGCCAACAAGGUGGAACUCUACACGACCUGGGGAAAGGUGUGGUCUUGCGGCGGCGGCGGACAAUGCGGCACGUGCAUUGUUGACGUGAAGAGUGGCGCUGACAUCCUCACAGAACGCACCGGCGCAGAGAAGAAGAAGCUCUCUGGGAAGCCCGAGAGCUUCCGGUUGGCUUGCCAGACACUGGUGGGCGAUGGCGAGAACAGCGGCGCCGUCACGAUCGCAACCAAGCCCUGAAGCCCUAAGGCCCUGAUCGGGUGGAGCAUGCAGUAACACAUGUGGCAAGAGGUUGGAGCAGAGAGGAGAGCGAAGUGAGAAAAGCUGUAUGAUAGAGGCCCAAUUUUGUUUGAGCGAGAGGGAAGCCGUGAGUAACCGCGGGCGUGAGAGGAUGUGUGCAAAACUGUCUUGAGACAUGACACGCAAAGCUGGACAGACGUCGCCACGGUGAUUCGUGAGGCAGGUUGCAGGAUGGCAAGCAGGGGUUUGGUAGUGUGCCCCUUGCACCGCGUGCCUUCUGCAUGCUCUUGACCAUGCCCUAGUCGGACUGGAGAGCAGAGCGGGGCGGUACACGAGCCAGCUAGCUUGCACAUUCAAGUCUGGGGGCGAAAGCAUGUCCCUGGCUGGUGUGAAGAUGUAAUCCAGGAAUCGU